AUGGACACAAAACUUUUACUUCAAUGCUUUUCUGGCACUUUAAAUCACGAUGUGAAAGUGAGAACUCAGGCGGAGUCCCAGUUAAAAGAACUAAGCAAAACCCCAGGGUUCUUAGGCGCAUGUUUAGACAUACUGUCUUCUGAUGGCAUACCAGAAUAUGUGAAGUUAUCUGCUGCCCUGUAUUUCAAAAAUAAGGUGACCUACGGUUGGUCUGGCAAGACUAACAGCAAAAAUGAUUUGGAUUUUAAUAUUGAUAAUGACGAGAAACCUGUUGUAAAGGAGAUGCUGAUCAAAGCUCUCAUCUACUGUUCGGCAAACAGUACAAAUUGUGUUAGGUUGUUGCAGCCUGCUUUGGCAGAAAUCGUAUCUGUUGAGUAUUCGCAGCACCAAUGGGAUUCGAUUUUGGAGGCGUCAUUCCAGUCCCUACACUCGGACGAUAUUCAUACUGCACAUAUCGGUUUACUAUGCAUUGCGGAGGUAUUCCGUACUUACAGAUGGAAAGAAAACGAUGAUAGACAGAAGCUGGAAAUGAUUAUUGUUCAGAAUUUCUCUACCUUGUUAGAUUAUGCGACGGGAACACUUUACCAAGGUGGAGCAAAUACUAACAAUCCCUUGGUAGGAGAGAUGCUUAUGCUUGUUUUGAAGACUUAUAAAUUUGUCACAUACAGCGACUUGCCAUUUACAUUACAGCGUCCUGAGAUUUUUAUUCCAUGGGCAAAUUUCCAUGUUUCAAUAGUGCAGCAAGAGCUGCCUAAACAGAUCUUGGAGGCCACUGUUCCUGAUGAAAUAAAAAACAACCCAUGGGUAAAGGCAAAGAAAUGGGCAUAUGCCAACUUGUACAGGCUGUUUCAACGAUAUGCCUCUGAUUCAUUGAGCAAGAAGUUCAUGUAUAACGAAUUUAAGUCUCUCUAUGUUAAGGAGUUCUUGUCCCAAUUUUUGCAUUUGUUAUUUCAUCAAAUCGAACGAUGGGGAAAUGGAUCAUUGUGGCUAAGUGAUGAAUCUAUUUACUAUAUUCUUGAGUUCCUAGAGCAAACUGUUAUCCAGAAAAAGACCUCGCCUCUUGUUAUUCCACAUUAUUCAGUUAUUUUCGAGCAUGUAAUUUUCCCUCUGUUAUGUCCUAAUGAAGAAACUUUGGAGAGGUUUGAGACAGACCCACAAGAGUACAUCCAUAGGAACCUUGAGGCUUGGGAUGAUGACUACUCUACCGACUUGGCGGCUAUUUCUCUUCUAACUACGUUUAUUCGGAAGAAGACGAAACAAACACUGGAGCCUACUUUACAUUUUGUCAACGUUGUUUUGCAAAACAAUGUUUCCAGCUUUGAAAACAUUAACCUGGAACAAGCAACUAAGGUUGAGUCUUGCCUGCGGAUAAUUUCAAGCAUUUUAGACCAGUUACUACAAUUAUCACCGUACUGUGACGAGAUGGAACCUUUCUUGCAGGCCUACGUGUUUCCGCUAUUUAGCAGUCAGCAUGCGUUUUUGAGGGCCCGUGCAUGCGAGAUAUGCUCAAAGCUUGGCGGGUUCCAGUUUAAGCAGGAGCUUUCUUUGAAGACAAUUUACACUGGAGUAAUGCUGUGCUUUAAUGAUGAUUCUGCCGCUCUGCCUGUAAGGCUUCUUGCUGCGCUAGCCUUGCAAACCUUUAUUAACAUCCCACAGUUCAGAGACACUUUAUCAGCCAGUGUUGUCCCAACCAUGCAAAAACUUCUUCAGAUCUCAAACCAAUUUGAGUCAGAUACUAUAUCAGGUGUGAUGCAAGAAUUUGUGGAAACAUUCCCAACACAAUUACAACCCUUCGCCGUUGAAUUGAUGAACAACCUGGUUCAGCAAUUUUUGAAGCUAGCAAUUGAGUUUCACGAGGCAUCAAAUUUCAACAUCAAUUCUUUAAGUGCUAAUGAAUUGCCUGACGAAAGUGACAAACAACUCGCAGCACUUGGUAUCCUGUCAACUGCGAUUUCAAUUCUUCUAUCCUUUGAAAAUUCCAAAGAUAUUGUCAGAAGCUUGGAACAGUCAUUUUAUCCUGCUGCAGAAUUUAUUUUGAAAAAUGAUAUCGAAGAUUUUUACCGAGAGGCUUGUGAAUUCGUAGAGAAUUCGACAUUUUUAUUGAGAAAGAUUUCACCUAUAUCCUGGAAAUUGCUUGAACUAAUUGGUGAAUGCAGCGAGCGUGAAAAUAGCAUGGUUGUAUUCUACUUGGAAGAUUUUAUGUUCGCAAUCAACAACUACCUCAUAUAUGGUAAGGAUGAAUUGAAGCAAAACAGUUUCUACUCGGUAAUAUUGUUCCGCAUUUUUGAAAAGGCGGCUGCUAGUGAAGAUAAUGGUUUAGAUGAGAUAAAAAUAUUGAGUGAACUCUCACAGAAGCUUGUUCUGGCGUUAGGUGAAGAAACCUCUAAACAAUACUUAGAGGCAUUUUUAACCUCAGCAGUCAAUGCAAUUACUUCGGAACAAGAUAGUUUAAAAGAACAUCCUGUUUUUGGUGUUACCACAUUCAACGUUGUACUCGCAUGCAUCGUAUAUUUCCCAUCAGAAACUUUGCAAUUCCUAAACAAUAAGGGUUGCAUAAAACUUUUCUUCGAAGUUUGGAUCUCCUAUUACAUUCCAAACUAUGGCAGAGUCUACGAUAUCAAGCUAUCUCUCAUGGCCCUUUUCAGUCUAAUAUCGAACGUUUCUACCGAAAACCUUGUUUCACUAGGACUAGAUCCCGUUGUGUCCAAAGCGUGGUCACUAGUUUCAUUCCUGCUGCAAAAUUACCCGGCUGCUUUAAAGAACUUAAAGGACAAAAGAGCCGAGUACCAAUCAGAGGGAUUAAAAACCGCAGAAUGUUUCGAUGUAGGGGAAGCGGAACAUGAUGGCGAAGAGGAUCUACCUGAAGGCGAAGAAUAUCUCAAAGAUUUACAGCAAGAUUCUGGCUCGAUGAAAUUUAUCAACGGAGAGCUUGACAGCUAUAAAGAAGAUUUUGAUGACUUAGAAGAAGAUCCACUAUCAGGGUCUGUGUUGGAUGAUAUUAACAUCUAUGCUGUUUUCCAUAACAUAUUCAGUAAUUUACAGCAAAACGAUCCCAUUAAGCAUCAAAGUGUUUUCGGAAGUCUAAAUGAAGAAGAGAAGUCCCAUUUAUCUCAUAUCUUGUCAUUAUGA